AUGAAACUCACGCAACAGAACAUGCUGGUGCCGCAGCAGCCGCUGCCUCAGCAGCCGCUGCAGCAGCAGCCACUGCAGCAGCAGCAGCCCCUGCAGCAGCAGCCACUGCAGCAGCAGCAGCCUCUGCAGCAGCAGGCACUGCAGCAGCAGCAGCCACUGCAGCAGCAGCAGCCUCUGCAGCAGCAGCCGCUGCAGCAGCAGCAGCAGCCCACGCAACACUGGCCCGAAAACCCAGAGGCCCCCCCAAUGCAGCAGCAGCUGCAGCAGCAGCUACAGCAGCUGCCUGUUCAGCCGCAGCAGAUGAACGGGGGUCAGCUGACGUAUCCUUUGCAGGGACAAAUGAGAGAUCUGGCGCAGCUCACGGCAACACCAGCAGCAACUGCAGCAGCAGCUGCUGCUGCUGCCGCUGCUGCUGCUGCUGCCCCCCCACCGCUUGCUCCGAACCCUACACAGCAGCUGCUUGCCCAGCAGCAGCAACAGCAGCAUCAGCUUUUUGCGCAGCGUGGUUUGCUGCAGCAUUUGCAGCAGCAGCAGCUGCAGAAGCAGCAACUGCAGCCGCAGCUGCCGGUGGGUAUGAUGAAGGCGCCGCAGUUGAUGCAACAGCAGCAGCAUGUGCGGCAGCAGCGUUUACAGCUUCAGCAGCUGCAGCAGCUGCAGCAGCAGCAGCUGCAGCAGCAGCAGCUGCAGCUGCUGCGCACCCCCGAAUCUCCUGGGUUAUACAGCGCCUUCUGCCGUCUGCUGCAUCAGCUGUCGCUGCACCGGCUGUCGCUGCGCGACGCCCGGGUGCGGGUGCUGCUGGUUGUGCUGCGUUGGCUGCAGCAGCAGCAGCAGCAGCAGGCCGACCCAUCACGUCUGUUCAAGGGGGAUCAGCUCGAUCGCCUCGUGCGGCAGACACGGGCCUACAUGCGUUUGCUGCUGCAGCAGCAGCCGCUGAAGGAGGAGGAGCUGCUGCAGCUGGGGAUAUCUCCUGCCCUUGGCUUUAAACCCAAUCAUGAAUUUAUUGCUGCUGUUGCUGCAGCAGCAGAAGGAGCAGCAGGCUACAAACCCCCCGCACCCAAGGAGCAGCAGCAGCAGCAGAGACCUAGGAGCCACCAGCUGUUCGUUCAGCUGUAUGAGGAGCAGCUGCAGCAGCAGCAGCAGCAGGCUGUCGAGGCUCUGGAGCAGCAGGCGCAAAAGUAUGAAGAGCUGGCACGUCUGCGGAUGGAGAGGGAGGAGCAGCAGCAGCAAGAAGAGCAGCAGCAGCAAGAGGAACUGCAGCAGCAAGACGAACUGCAGCAGCAAGAGGAAAAACACCAGCACCUGCAGCAGGAGGAACAGUCAGAGCAGCAGCAACAGCAGCAGCAGGAGUCAAUGCAUGUCGACACUGCUGCAGACGCCGCUCCUAGCACACCAGAGCAGCAGCAAGAGCAACAGCAGCAGCAGCAGCAGCAGCAACAGCAGCAGCAGCCUGACCCUGCAGUCUGCACAGAUGACAAUGGUGCCAAGAGGGAAGACGGCUCUGCUGCCGCUGGCGAUCCACGCAACAGCAGCAGCAGCAGCAGCAGCAGCAGCACGAAUGAGGUAGAAGUUGAAGUUGUACAAGGAACAGCAGCAGCAGAAGCAGCAGCAGCAGAAGCAGCAGCAGCAGCAGCAGCAGCAGCAGAAGCAGCAGCAGAAGAUGUCUCAGGAGAGACAAGCGAGUCUGAUAGUUCUUCUUCUUCCUGCGAUGAGUGGUGGGGUGUUGGGGGCCUGCAGCGGCCAGCAGAUGACGGCAGCAGCAGCAGCAUGCAGGAGAGGGCGCGCGUGAGCCGGCUGCAGCGGCGGCUGCUGCUGCUGGCUCCGCUGCAGAAGCAAAUAAGAGAAGAGGUGCUGCUGCAGCGGAUGACUGAGGGCCCCGGCCAGCUGCCCCCGCUGCAGCACCUGCCUGUGCGGCUAGCGAGGAAGCAUAGGGCUCUACGGUUGCUGCGUGAGAGAGGAGAUAGAUUGACAGCAGCACGACAGCAGCAGCAGCAGCAGCGGCAGCAGAUGCUGCAGCAACUGCUUGAUAGCCACAGACGAACAUUCCUGCAGCAGCAUCGAGAUGCAUUGAGACAGCUCAGAAGAGUUGCUGCUGCUGUUAAGAGAAAAAAAACUGCAGCAGCAGACGGAACAGAGGGGGCAGCUAGCUGCGGCCACCCGCUGCACCCCACGGACUGCGGCUGUCCUGGUGCUGCUGCUGUUGCAGCACAAAUGAGAAAAGAGAGGCUCGAUGCAUUGAGGAAGCACGACGAAGCGGGAUACCUGAAGCUGCUGCAGGAGACAAAGAACGAGCGGCUGCUGCAGCUGGUGCGGCAGACGGAGAGAUAUAUGCAGCAGAUCGGCAGCCUUGUGGUGGAGCAACGCGAAAGAGAAGGAAUCAUUGUACCCGCUACAGAGGAGGAGGCAGACGGUGCAGCAGAAGAGGCUUCUGGUUCUCUUUCUUCUUCAUUUUUGUUUUCUAAGGAAAGAUAUUACCGCAUCACCCACAGCCAACGGCUCCCUAUACACCCCGCUCCUUUUGUUUAG